CUAUUUAGAGCGCUACACUCUUGAUGACGACAUUUCCUGUGUAACGGCGAUGAGCUGUGCCACGGGCAUUAAAUGUUGCUUACCUUUGAAAAUUGAUUGAAUUGGUAAACGGAGAAAGUUCAAAAGCGGACCGCGAGCUCGAUGACCCAGCAGAAUGGCGGAGCCGUGGGAUUUUGAGUUCAUGUCCCGCAUCGCUGACAGCUGCCUGUCGUUCCUCUACGAGUUUGUGGAUGACUGGCUGGCUAACGACAUGAGAGUAUUUAUUUUCAAAAUCUUGCUCAGCUGGUUAAUUUUUAGUCUGAUUGCGAUCCACUUUGCAUGGAAAAUAUAUGGAAGUACAGUAAACAACAUGUAUUAUCGACAGGGAAGUGGACAGAACGGAGGCACACCUGAUGCGUCUCCUCACCUGAGCAGCUGGGAAAGUAACGCUGGGGACAAUCUCAAGACUCACCGGGAUUGACAGGAUACAGAUGAUGGGACUUAAUCUGAACACAGACUGUACGGUUUACUUCAAAGCCAUCAAACCUACUUCAAUAUUUUUCAUUGAAAAAAUGAAGGCCAUUUUUCCCAUAAAGCUUGGCUUUGUUGGAUAUGGUCUAGGGAAAGACAUAUCUGGACAGUUUGUGCAAAUCUUGGUUUUGCUUGCUACGUCUGGUCAUGUUGUUACUGCAGAGACAUGUUUCGAUAUACAUUAAAGUGAUUUUUGUGCAAA